AUGGCCUGGCUCCGCCAGGCAUGGAAAGUCCUCGCCUUCUGUUGCCUCUUGGGGCUCCUGGAGGUCGAGGCUCUGAAGACCGCCAACACACAGGCUGCGCCAGACUCAUCUCCUGCAGCAUCCUUGGCGGAUGCGACCGCGAGGGCUGAGAGUGGCUUCCACUCGGCGGCCUCUUCCCUCCUCUCCCGGAUGAGAAGCGCCGGCAGGAGAAUCGCCAGUCGAGGCCUGGCCAGGGCGGCGGCGGAAAAAACUCGCGCCGAGGCGAAGCAGCAAGCUCGGAGGCUGCAAAAGAAGGUGGCGAAGGCUUUGCUGCCGCUGGCGCUGCUGCUGAGCAUCCUGAUCUGCUACGUGGUGCUUCACCUGUGGCCGGAGCUCAAGCUCUCGCCCUGCCGCUGCCGGGAGCGGCGCGAGCUGGCAGAUGUCGUAGAUGCCCAGUGA